CGAACAGCUGUUUAUUUGACGUUUUUGCUUUGACGGCAAUGGUGUAAACAGUGAAAUUAUGCGAUGGAGUUUGCUGUUUUUGUGCAUUUCCUGGCGCUCCUCGUCGGGGGCUUCUGCAGCGACAUCACGCAAAAUGUCUUUGGGAACGUAGUAGAUGGAAUGCCGGCUGCUUUCGGCGAUUUCAACUCUGACGAGCUGACGGAUGUCUUCGUGCUCAGAGACAAAGGUAAAACAGUGGAAAUCCUUCUAUCCGCGGAGGAGGAGCCUCUGCUGAGGCCUGCGAAGUCGCUAAAGUGUAGCUACAAGGGGCAAAUCACUAGUGUUGUACCUGGUGACUUUGAUGGGGAUGCUUUCAUGGAUGUUCUCGUAACCACAAUGGAAAGAGGUAGCAACACAGGCCUCACUCACAUCCACAUCAACUGGGGUGGAGCACACCAACUGAAUUGCAGUAAUGAAAGUGUACCGAUUCUCAAGAUAACUGGACAACCUUUGGCCAUUGAUUACAAUCAAGACAUGAUUAUCGAUCUGUUUGGCAUGGAUGAACAUAAGCAGAGGAUGUUUUGGAUUUUCAAUAAUAACAGAACUGCACCAAUGCAAAUUCCCAUGGAUGGGAGUCAUGUUGAACUUAAUAAUCCACAUGCCCAUGCAUUUUUAGAUUUAAAUGAUGACAACACUGCUGACUUGUUUUUAACAACAAAGGAUAACUUUGAAGUGUGGUUUGGGCAUGAGAAACCCCAAAAAGAGUUUGUGUUUGGUUACUCGUUUGAUCAUCCAAAGGAUAUUGGGCAACCCAUGUUUAUUGAUAUUGAGCUAAGGGGUCGCAUGGAUUUGCUGGCUCCAGUUUGCUAUGAUAAGGAGUGCAAGAAUAGCACUUUGCUAGUGUAUUGUGAUAAUAGUUGGCACAAUCUGCAGGUGGAUUUUAAGGACCCCAACAAAGAUGUUUGGAUGUUUUAUCGAAAGGGCACAAUAUAUACGAAUUUGAUUACGCUGAGGAGCGGUGAUUUUAACAUGGACGGAUACCCAGAUCUGCUGGCGACUUUGUCCAAAACACCAGAUGGGGAACCGCAGACUUUCAUGCUGGAAAACGUCGCCUGCAUCACCGGAUGCGGAAACUUCACUCGCACCUACGCCAUCCAAUGGAACGCCCUCAGCCCUUUCAAGGGUGGCACCGUUCUAGGCGUGUUCUUUGAUUUCUUCCAAGACGGUAUCCUGGAUGUGAUCCUAGUGCAGAAGAAUGGAUCCGAAUAUAAACCGGUGGCUUUCAAGAACAGCCUGGAUUACGACGCGAACUUCAUCAAGGUCAUGGUGUUAACUGGUUUGAAUAACAAUAAAAACAACCCGAUGAUCAUGGGAAGGGUAGGCAAAAAGCGCAGGACCUAUGGAACGAAUUUGCCUGGGCCAAAGGUGGCGUACAGCACGACCACCCAGGAAGGGAACAGGAGGCACGCCGUCUCCGCCCAGUUGCCGCAGUCUGCACACUUCAGCCUAAAUCUGCCGUACAACAUAUUCGGUCUGGGCAGAGCCCCCAAUUUCGUGGAGAACGUGACCGUGGGCUUGUCCAACAACUCGCGCCUCUGGACGCAGAUCAUCCCCAACUCGCAGAUUGUCGUCAUCCCUUGGCCCACGGAUCAGCCGGCCAAGUGGAAGGCUCAGCUGUUCGUUACGCCCAGCAAGCUGAUCCUCACCUCUGUGGGUGCACUGACCGGCGUCUGCGUCCUCAUAACCAUCAUCAUCGGUGUUCUGCACUGGAAGGAGCGCCAGGAUGAUAAGAAGGAACGCCUAUCGGAGUCGCACAGAUUCCAUUUCGAUGCUAUGUGAUUAUCUAAAGCUCAUAAAAUAGUUAUUUGUUUUUUAUUAAUUAUUUUAAUCUA